UCCGCAGCGCAGCCAUGUGAUGCCGGAGGAGCGCAGCGGCGAUGAUAUGGAAUGUGGGCAGCUGGCCGCGGACACGCUCCGACAAGUGACGGUCCAGCGGCACCCCCGCCUCGGCUUUGGCUUCGUGGCUGGCAGCGAGCGGCCGGUGGUGGUGCGCUCAGUGGCAGCAGGCGGCCCCUCUGAGGAUAAACUCCUGCCAGGAGACCAGAUCUUGGCCAUCAAUGAUGAGGACGUGAGUGAAGCCCCCAGAGAGAGAUUCAUCGAGCUUGUCAGGAAGGCCAAGGACUUCAUCAUCCUCACAGUCCUGCACACCCACCAGUCUCCCAAAUCUGCUUUCAUCAGCGCAGCCAAGAAGGCGAAGCUCAGGUCCAACCCAGUGAAGGUUCGCUUUUCAGAGCAGGUGACAGUCGGUGAGACAGACCCAGACAUGUUGAAGAAAGAAGCUCUCCUCCUCAUUCCCAACGUGCUGAAGGUUUUCCUGGAGAACGGGCAGAUCAAAUCCUUCACGUUUGAUGGCAGAACCACCGUGAAGGACGUGAUGGUGACGCUGCAGGACCGCCUGUCCCUCAGGCACAUCGAGCACUUUGCCCUGGUCCUGGAGUAUUCCAGCCCCGAGCAGAGCCACCGGUUCCUGCUGCUCCAGGACAAGCAGCCACUGGCCCAUGUUGUGCAGAGGACACACUACCAUGGCAUGAGAUGCCUCUUCCGUGUGAGCUUCUUCCCCAAGGACCCGGUGGAGCUGCUGCGCCGCGAUCCCGCAGCCUUCGAGUACCUCUACAUCCAGAGCCGCAACGAUGUGAUCAGAGAGCGCUUCGGCACGGACCCCAAGCCGGAGAUGCUGCUGGGGCUGGCCGCCCUCCACAUCUACAUCACCGUCUCAGCCACUCGCCCCAGCCAGAAGGUCUCCCUCAAGAAUGUGGAGAAAGAGUGGGGCCUGGAGCCCUUCCUGCCCCCCUCGCUCCUUCAGCUCGUCAAAGAGAAGAGCCUCCGGAAAUCCCUCUCGCAGCAGCUCAAAGCCCACCAGAACCAGUCUGGCAGCACCAAGGUCUCCACAGCCCAGGCGAAGCUGCAGUACCUGAGGAUCCUGAACGAGUUGCCCACCUUUGCUGGGGUCCUCUUCAACACAGUGGGACUGGACGAGAAGCAGCCAGCCACCACGCUUCUGGUGGGCCCCCGGCACGGCAUCAGCCACGUCAUUGACCUGAAGACCAACCUCACCACAGUGCUCUCAGAGUUCAGCAAGGUCAGCAAGAUCCAGCUGUUCAGAGAGAACCAGGGAGUGGCCCGGGUGGAGACAAGCAUCCUGGAUGCCAAGCCCCUGGUGUUGCUGAUGGAGUGGCCUGAAGCCACCAACUUCGCCUGCCUGAUUGCAGGGUACUGCCGUCUCCUGGUGGACUCCAAGAAGAUGAUAUUCUCCAGGGCCCCCUGCCAGCCACCCCCACCUCAGAUUAUCAAGGCAGAUCACCUCAACGCACACAACCUCCAGCAGCCUGCUGCAGCGGGGCACGGGGGAAGGAAGGAGAGUGGCUUGGUGGAUGGCUCUGCCGCCAGUGCCGGAGCAGCCGGGGCUCCGGCCGCCAGGGCUCCGGACUCGGAGCUCAUCAGCUUUUGCUACCUGCAUAUGCGAGAGCAGAGGAAGGAAAGGGAAAGCAGGACGGAUAUCAAUGAAAACCUGAUUUUUUUUGAGGAAACUCGUCCCAGGACCAAAUCAGACCCCACUUCCAAAAGCUCUGGCCAAGGCUACAACGGGACAGCUAAGGAGUACGACCCAGAUGGCCUUGACCGAGACAGGCACCUGAGCAGGGCCAGGGCACACACCAUAGACACCCACCUGUGGACCGACGGCUCGCACUUCUACUGCGAGUCCUGCCGAGCCAAGAUCAAGAGCCGCCUGGCCUCCAGCAAGGGGGUCAAGGCCGGCAGCGGCCGGGACAACAUGGUAGACUUGAUGUCGCUUCCCCCUCCCGGGAGCGACGAGGAAGAAGACGAGACCACGUCCUUGCUCCCUGCCAUCGCCGCCCCGCCUCCCGGCUUCCGAGACAACAGCUCCGACGAGGACGAUCCCAAGCGCCGGGCGGCCGCGCAGAGCCAGGAGCAGGGCCGGCACCUCUGCAGCAUCCUCUACGACGAGAUCCCCGUCACGCUGAUAGACAGCGUGCAGCCGCGGACCGUCCGAGACCAUGCCCAGGAGCUGGACGAUGCCCUGGUGUCCACCCUGCAGGCCCUGGAAGCGCUGGCUGCUUCAGAGGAUUGUCCGCACCCCCCACCACAGCAGACAGCAGGUCUUAUUGUCCUGGCUGCCAUCACUCCUGAGUCAUCCCUGGAUUCUGGCCAUGAAACCAAUUCCUCAGAGCUAACUGAUGUCUCAGAGAUGGUCUCUGCUAUGAAGCAGCAUCAGAACGCAGCCUACUUCCUUGCUCAACACAUCAACAAAGAAAACCUCCUGGCCAGAAAGGACUUGCCUUUCCGAAUCCAGAGCUGUGCUGCCCAGGCUGUUCUCACCUCACCCUACCCUCUCAGCCGCCAGGAGCCGAGCCCUUCACUGAAGCCAGCAGCAUUCUCUCACCAAAGCCCCAACCUUGCCAACUGCAAGAGCAAACAGGAGCAGCAGCAUGCUGAGCGGACCUGCAGCUUGGAUGUCCAGCCAGUGCUGACCCCCCAGCUUAACGAGCAGAACAGGGGGGCUGCAGUGCCAGGCUCUGAAUGCAAAGGUGCAGGCCACACUAAAGCUGCCUUUGAGGUAUCUCUGCAUGCCGCAGCAGCCCCGAGCAGGGAGCAGGCACAAGAUCCACAAGAGAAGGUACCCAAAGAGGUCCAGCUGAGCUCCAAGCUCCUCCUGGAUCAGAAAAGCAGUGUAAGCCCAGCCAUCAUUUCAGCUGUUCUGCAGCAAGUGGCUAACACAAAAGGGUCGGCUCCACAAGUGGCAGCAGCCUCAAAAGAAGACAAGAAUAUGAAUGGUACCAGCAGCUGUGCAUCAUCCAGCAGCAAGCCUUUGAAACCUAAAGGAGGUCCACAAACUGCAGAGACAUUAUGCAACUGUCAGCAGCAGCAGCAGCAGCAGCAGCUCUCUCCGCAGCAGCACUGUGAAGUUUCUCCAAGCCCUAAAGAAGCUCAUGGCAGCAAGGCUGAAGCAUUCCACCUCGCCUCAGCAGGUGAGGAAAUGAUGCCCAGUAAGGCUUUUGCCUCUAAAAGCUACCAGCAGAAAGUGAGUAGAGAAGAUCCAGGAAAAGCCACAAGCAGAGAGCCAGUUCAGAAGGCAGGUGGGGAAGCCACAAGCCUCAUCUUUCAGAAACACACAGCUCCUUCAAACCAGGGACAGAAAAUGCAACAGGAAAGUUCAGCCAAAAGCUUAAAAGCCGAGAGCAGCAAUCUGCAUUCUCCAUCUCCUAGUAGCACUUUCAGGAACACCGGCGAGGAACCCAAAGGGCCAAUCCAGCUGGUGCCCAGAUCUGAGAGCCUGCAGAUCAGCACUGUGCCUUCCAAAAAAGCAGAAAAAGCCCUGGAGGUGACCCAGCAAGAUGCUGACGUCCCCGCUAAACCCAAAGCUCCAAAGGCUCCUUUCAGGUUGAGGAACCUGUUCUCUGCAACAUUUCCAACACGGCUGAAGAAGGAGACAGACGAGAGGCAGGCUCAGCUGCAGAAGGUGAAGCAGUAUGAGCUGGAAUUCCUUGAAGAGCUGCUCAAGCCAAAGAGCAAAGGUGAGCUCCCACCACAGGAGUAUCUGCACCCUCCCGCCCCUGGGCGCUGCAGCUGCCAGCUCAGGAGCAGUCCUGUGCAGAAAGUGCCAGGGAUGUCCAGGGAGCAAAGGCGCAGCUGCGACUGCAAGCGGAUCUGCAGGGGGGUGAGGCCACCACCCAACCAGCUGAUGAUGCCAGAGCUGGAGAGGCAAGGCAGGGAUAAAGUUAGCGACGAGCAGAAGCAGGCAGAAGCCAUCAGGCUGGCAGGUGCGAGCAGCCCUUCCAAAGGCAAGCGGAUCCGCUCCACAAGCCUGGAGUCCAGGGACUGCCGCUCGGAGCCGGAGAACAGCGUGUCCUGCCUGGCAACCUGCGCCGCCCGCGGCGAGUGCGUGGGAGCGCCACACUACAGGAAGCUCCUGCGGCGCUACAGCGUCAGUGAAAUAGAUAAGACUGAGAUGACAUCCCUGUCCUCAGACAUCUACCAGGGCAUCUACACAACCAAGCAGAAAGGACCCCAGAAAGAGCCUGAGCCCACCGUCCUUUGUCCUGUUCUGAAGAGCAAAAUCCAGGAAGCCUCUGCCGCGGCUGACCCCUCCUACGUCCAGUUAGCACAGGAGAAGAAGAACCAGAAGGGUUCAGCGGUGUUCUCCGUCCAGGAAGAGAUGUAUCCAAGACUUGCUGAGCUGCAGGAUGAAGACAUGGAGGAUGAGAAGUGCUGCUCCAUCCGGUACUGCUUCUACUACAGGAAAUGCGACGUUGCGGAUGAUGGCAGCGAGAAGGAUGAGCUGUCCUAUUCCAUCCCCAUGCAGAUACUCCCAGGAAUGAAGCUGGACAAUCAGAUGGUCCCAGUCAUGAGCAGAACCCUUCAGGUCCUAGACGCAACAGCCUGCAGCAGUUCCAUUGACAGUCAGACCCAGGAAAUAGAUCUAAGGACCUCCAGUUUUGAGGGGAGCCUGGCCAAGAUCAGCACCCUUCGAGGCCAUGCCUACAGCUUUCCCAAUGGGUUUCUGCAAGUGCAGCUGGACACCAACGAGCUCCUGACUAUCCUGAGGCAGUGUGUGACGAGCCCUGACGUCCAGGACUGCAAACCCUACAUCUCCCAGCUGGCUGAGUACAAGCAAGAGCUCGCCCUCAAAUUCAAGGACUUCCGGGCCUCCUGCCGCCGCGUGGCAGCCGUCGACAAGAGUCCUACCCACAUGCUCUCUGCCAUCACAAGCAGCUUCCAGGUGCUGAGCAGCCUCAUCGAGACGUUUGUGAGGCUGGUGUACGCCGUGCGCUCCGACUCCCAGCGCCAAGAGCUGCUGACCAAGGUGGAGGAAGUGGUGAGAAACUACACCUUCCUCCUGAAGGCUGCAGAGGAGUCCACGGCCAGAACGCUGAGCCACCAGCAGGCAGCGGAGCAGCUUGCCCACCAGUCCGCCACAGUCGCCACAGUCAUGAGCACGCUGACACGCUCCCUCAAGACACUGAUCAAUAAGUAAGCCAGUGGUGGAAACCGGCAAGCCAGAGUGUGCUGGGCCACCUGCUAGUGGUUCCCAAGUCACUGAGGUCUGGUGAGGAUGCAUGCCUCCAGGCCCACGUCCAGUGGGGCUCGUGGCAGCCAAGAUGCUCUUUGAUCUCUGCAGAAUGGAUGGUGGUGGUGGUGCUUUGUAGGAUGAAGUCGUGCCCUGUCCCAGGCUGUGCAACCAGCUCAUCAGGGGGCUCAAGCAGCUCUUCUGCUUGCUCCCCCAUGUUGUGACAGUACUUGGGGAGCACAGUCACACCCCCUCCGCCUUAGUUUGGUUUCAUGUGGUUCUGAGCCUCACUUGUGCAAGGAUCUUUGUCACGGUGUGUGGUGGGCCAGUGAGUUAGUAGGAAAAGAGCUGAGGUCUCCCUGGCUUCACUUAGGCAGUUUGGAGCCAAACCAGUGUCUUGCCACAUAAACAGCUCUUCUGCCUCCAGGGUCUUCCUAGCCCACAAGUGCAACGUAGUUAUCAGCAGAAGGGAUCUCUGGGGUGCAAGUUCCUGCAGCUGUGCUAGGGCUUGGGAAGUUGGCCUAGCAUGGGCAGGAUGCUGCAACCCUGGGGUAGAGCCCUAGCAGGCUCUACACACGUGGCUUAGGCACCAAUGCCCUAGUCCUGAGCACAGGUACUGCUUGUGCAGAAGGUGAAGGCUUGAUGGGCGCAAGUAGGGAGGGUCUGUCAGCCUGGCCUCAGUGCCAGGAAAGGUUCUGGAGCAGACCAUUCUGAGUGCCAUCACACAGCUUGUGCAGGACAACCAGGUGAUCAGGCCUCGUCAGAAUGGGCUUGCAAAAGGCAGGUCCUGCUUGAAUAACCUUAACUCCUUCUACAGCAAGGUUACCCACCUAGAGGAUGAGGAAAAGGAUGUUGUCUGCCUAGACUUCAGUUAUGCCUUUGACAUCACUUCCCACAAAAGUUCUCUUAGAGAAGCUGGCUGCUUGUGGCUUAGAGAGCUGUACUCUUUGGUGGGUAAAACACUGUCUGGAUGGGCAGGUCCAAAGGUGUUGGUGAAUGGAGUUAAAUCUGGUUGGCAGCUGGUCACAAGUGGUGUUCCUCAGGGCUCAGUAUAGAGGCUUCUCUUUAAUAUCUUUGUCAAUGAUCUGGACAAGGGUGCACCCUCAGUAAAUUUGCAUGUGACACCAAGCUGGGCCAAAAUGUUGAUCUGCUUGAGGGUAGGAAGGCUCUACAGAGGGGUCUGGACAGGUUGGAUCGAUGGUCCAAGGCCAGUUGUAUGAAAUUCAGCAAGGCCAGGUGCUGGGUCCUGCACGUGGGCCACAACAACCCCAUGCAACACUACAGGCAUGGGGAAAAGUGGUUGGAAGGCUGCCUGGCAGGAAAGGAUCCAGGGGUGUUGGUCAAGCAUCCUGGCAAUAGUGGUGUGGCCAUGGGCACUAGGGAGGUGAUUGUCCCCCUGUAUUUAGCACUGGUGAAGCCACACCUCAAACACUGGGUUCAGUUUUGGGCCCAUCCCUCCUAAGGACAUUGGGGAGCUGAAAUGUGUCCAAAGAAGGACAAUGAAGCUGGUGAAGGAAACAAGAUGUAGGAGAAGCAGCUGAGGGAACUGGGAUUGUGUGGUCUGGAGAAAAGGAGGCUAAGGGGAGACUUCAUCACUCCCUACAACUUCUUGAAGUUUCAAGAAGUCGUAGCAAGGUGGCUGUUGGUCUCUUCUCCCAAGUAACAAGUGCAAGGACGAGAGGAAAU